AUGGAAAUCGAUGCUGCGAAGGGUCAAGAGUCGAAGCAGAUCAGAGACGAAGAGCUCUUCAAAGCUGCGGAAUCUGGCGAUUCGUCGGUGUUCAUGUCAUUAUCUCCUCAACAGCUACAAAAAUCACUGACUUUCAGAAACGAAGACGGUCGCUCUCUCCUCCAUGUCUCAGCUUCAUUAGGCCGUUCUGAGGUAGUGAAGAUGCUAUCAAGUACAGAAGAAUCAAAGGCUGUAAUUAACAGCAAGGAUGAUGAAGGCUGGGCUCCUCUUCAUUCUGCUGCUAGCAUCGGCAAUGCUGAGCUCGUUGAAGUGCUCUUGACUAGAGGUGCUGAUGUUAAUGCGAAGAACAACGGUGGACGCACUGCUCUUCACUAUGCUGCUAGCAAAGGAUGGUUGCAAAUCGCUCAGAUUCUUCUGACACACGGUGCAAAGAUUAACAUCACUGACAAGUUUUCUUGUGGCUUUAAGGUUGGUUGCACACCGCUUCACAGGGCAGCAAGCACGGGUAAGUCUGAUCUGUGUGAGUUCUUGAUCGAAGAAGGAGCAGAGAUCGAUGCUGUUGAUAAAAUGGGCCAGACUCCACUCAUGCAUUCAGUGAUCUGCGAUGACAGACAGGUUGCGUUUAUGCUUGUGAGGCAUGGUGCAGAUGUUGAUGUAGAAGACAAAGAAGGCUACACGGUUCUUGGCCGAGCUUCCAUCGAGUUUCGACCUGCACUUAUCGAUGCUGCUAAGGCUAUGCUUGAAUGA